AUGAUUAAAGAAUGGAAACGUGACAUUGAAACUAGAAGAGAUCAAACAAGAAGCUAUUUAAUUUCAGGUGAAGACACUUUGGAGGUACGAGAUGAUGACGUGCAGGUUGAAGUCGUAACUUCUGAAAUACCUACAAGUCCAUUUAAAGCACAAAUUGCCGUUGUACCACCUGUAACUGCAUCUAUUGCAGUUUCUUUCCCAACCAAAUCAGAUGUGAUCAAGAAAUUCACACUGAAUGAUCAGCAGAAGUUUGCUUUUAUGAUUGUUACUAGUCACCUAGAUGGCGAUAACCAAUUUCACACCGACGAAAUUGAAGAUCUGACAAGUUCAACAAGUAAUUAUGAUGCAUCGAAUCGUGAGCUUAUUACUUUUUCCUAUAUUUUAGCUCUCAUUUUUGUCAUUAUUCUAGAAGAAGUUGAACCAGCAGCAAAUGAAGUUGUUCCCGCUUGUUUACCAACACCGAAUCCUGCGUUCUAUGAGUUUCCACAAAUGUUUCGCAAAGAUAUUGUGCUACUUGUUGAAACGUGCUACAAAUACUCGAAAGGAAAGUCCAAUGGUUCUAAAACUUGUCGAAUGCGUGUGCCACGUAUGCUCGUGAAGACUUCCAACAUCGAUCCAUCUGCAGAUCAGAUAACUAUGCGUCGAUCACAUCCAUGGGUCAACAACUUCAAUGAAUGGAUCAUAAGUGCUGGCCGAUCCAAUAUGGAUAUAAAAUUUAUCUGGACUGGGGAUGAUGUUCAAGCUCUAGUGUAUUAUAUAACUGAUUAUGUAACGAAAAAUCAAGUCUGGCUUUCUACGAAUGCCAAUGGGUAUGAAGGUGAACGACUACAUACGGAAGGUACAAAAAUGAAUGAACGACACACCUUUGAAAGUGUACAUCCACAAUCAUCAUCACAUAUAAUCAUUAAACACACCACUCCAGUUGUAUCAGUUCUUCUUGGUCCUCAAAUACUCCGUCGCGAACGAGAAGAAACACACCAGCGUUAUUGUCGUGUAUUACUAACUUUAUUCGUGCUAUGGAGAUCAGUGCAUGAUCUUUGUGCAGUGAAUCAAACAUGGUUUGAGGCGUUCGAAAUUCGAAAACAAUUGAUUUCCUCCAGCUCAGUCAAAAUCAUAGAAAAUAUACAACUCUUGCAUGAAUGUAAGCAUGAUCGAGAUGAGCAUCUUCAUCAAGUUCUUGGAGAAGCACAAAAUGAUAGCAAAAUCGAUCCUGUUCUGAUCUCUAACUGCUCUGAGAAAGAUCAAAAUAGUGAAGAAGACGAUUCUGAACAACUUUUGCAAAUGCUCUCCUUCGUAAAUGAGACUACCACCAAUCCAUAUUACGCGUCCACCGGCAACCAAGAGCAGCGUUAUCUCAAUGAUGCAUUACAGGCAAUUGAUAACACAGAUAGAUUUGCACUGCUCAAUAGUGAGUUCAUUGGUGUUGUAUUUUGA